AUGAGCUUAGAGGACAUGAAGACUCGCUAUCGUGCCCGACCCGGAAAUGUGGACUUCCUCCAAGACUUGGAUCUCUUUUACAUCAAGCAAUUGGCGCAGAGUUAUAAGGAACAUGACCUGGAGCAAAAAAUCGACAUAGAGAUGAAGAUGCGCGAGGGAACGACUAAGCUCCUGCAGGCAUGCAAGCAUCGUUCUCAGCUGUUGGAAGGUGCCAAAUCACUCCUUACAUCUAAUGAGAGGAUGACCGCAUACAUGGCCGAGUUGCAGAGGAGAAAAGGUGUUCAGAAUGGAGUGAAGAAAGACAAGUCUGAUGGAAGUUCCUCUCUGGGGCGAGUGUGCAUUUCAAAUCUGCACAUCCCUCUCAUUUGGAAGGAUUCAGACUACUUCAAAAACAAGGGAGAUCACAGGCGAUUUGUUGUUUUCUGCCUUGUGAAGAUAGGAACUGAGAUUUAUGAUACCUCGCUGGUGAAUCCGGUUGAUCGGUCCACCACAGACAUCUGCUUUGAUGAUGUACUUGUCUUUAAUGGAGUCCCUCCUGACUUCAAAUGUGUGAUAGAAGUCUACAGUCACAUGGUAUGUGAUGACCUGAGCAUUGCAAGCACACCAAGAAGGAUCAAGAAGACCCUGCAUACCUCAAUCAGCAGGACUAUUGGAAAAAAACUAGCUCUUUCCCUCAAAGAUGAACUUGCUCAUGGUGAAAUGGGACCUCAUUUUGACUUGGUUGCUCAAGCCACACUGACUGUUGAUGACGUCAGUGAUACUGAAACAGAGCUAGACACAUUGAAGACUGGGAGACGUAAAAGUAUCAUCAUUCGAAACAGGGAGUCCCCAAAGACCACUUAUUUGGAACCAGAUUCAAGUGAAGCCUUCCAGACAUGGAUGUCUGCCCUGUCUCAGCGAAUCCUUGAUCAUGAUCAAUGGGGAAAUGCAGCAAUGGAAAAGUUGGAGAUCCAGAGUCCAAUGAGCAGCCGUACAUCAACCUUGGGUCUGAGAGGACGACCUCGCUUUGCUUCUCUCUAUGAAGAGACAUCCAUAUCUGGGAACAGUGUGUUAGCUGUGAAACUCUUGGUUUUAGAACCACGAAGUGAAGAGAAAUGUUCAUCAUCGGGGGAAGCUUCAGCCCGAGAGAAUCCAAAUCCAGCCAGACAGCAUAGUGCCAGGACACGAUCAAUGAGUGCCAGUAUGAUUGCAACACUGUCGACUCAAAGAGAGUGUCAGGGUAGCGAUUUUGAGUACUGCCAGAUGUAUUCCCACGGAAAUCUUGAAGAUGAAGAGGACUUGAGCCGAGGCCUGCAUUGGCAAAGCCUUCGUACAGCAAAGCCUGUUCAUGUUGGAGAAUCCAUACAAAAAGAGAAGGGUAGAGGCAUCAUUCCAGGCAUUACAUCACAGCAAUGCCAGCAUGGUCUAGCUAGAGGUCAGGGAUUCAAAAAUGAGAACAAGCUUCGUGAUGUCUGCGUUAGUAUGUUCGGGAAUGUUCAUUCAUUGGACAAAGAGGAAAAUGUUCUGGCACGACUGGCAGACAUACAUGAGACAAGGAAAGCCAAGGCACUGCUUGUCCAAGCAGAAGAGGUAACAAUUAUGGGUGCCAACAGUGAAGAGCUCAAGAGUGAGAGUGAAAUGUCUCAUUCUCCUGAAGACAGAAAGCAUGAUGGACUGAGUGUACUUGCCCAGAAGCCUAAUGAGGACGCCCAAGAGAUGACAGACCUUAGUAAGUGA